UGCACAAGGGGUGGGAGUGGGUGCUCUUGUAGCUGCUGGAAGCCAGGAUGGGAUAAUCAUGCGUGUCUGGCUCCGGGCGUUGAUGCAGCUGCCGUUGCGGGAUCCGGACUGGACUCGGGGCGCAGGGUGGGUCUAGUUCCCGAUUGGAGCUAUCUGGACCUCAUGUCGAUGUUAUCAAAUAUUCCCAGAAAGGCUAGGGCGAUGGCCGUGAGAAUAGUUGGUGCAGUUCUUUGAAACGUCCAGGCGAGAGAAAUCGACCGUUUUCACCGAUGGAGGAGAGAAUUUGUCCGUAUUAAAGCAGAGCCCGGUUGGAAUUACUUGGGAAAGAGGAACGGGAUACCCAGGCACCCCUUAGAGGAUAUCGAAGAAGCAUUUUACUUGUUUUCUUUAUCUUUUGUUUUUAACCUGGAUAGAGACAGAAACGCACCUGGGAGAACGGAUCACUUUUGCAUCGGUAAUUAGGAAAAGACUGCCUCCUUGGAGUGAGCGGCAGCCGCAUCCGACCGACCGACCGGGGGGGGGAUACUUGGAUGGAGAGAGGGCGCAGUGAGGGCUGAGAGAGCGGCUUGCCGUGUGUGUGUGUGUGUGUGUGUGUGUAGGAGGGGACGGAGGGAGACCGGGCAGUUUGAAGGGACGGGGAGCCAGGAGCGGCGCGGCGGCUCCAUGAGCGGCUCCUGCCGGGACAGAGCGCCCAGAGCCCAGCCGGAGCGUCUCCACCGCCGCGGGUAGAACCGCGGGCUACAGGACGGCGGCCAGUUUGGACGUUUUGAUGCAUAUGAUCACAACCACCAUGAUUUUUAUGAUUCUUGGUGCUUCAGUUGUAAUGGCGAUAGCCUGUUUAAUGGACAUGAACGCACUACUGGAUCGCUUUCACAACUACAUCUUACCGCAUCUACGAGGGGAGGACCGCGUCUGUCACUGCAACUGUGGAAGGCAUCAUGUCCACUAUGUAAUCCCAUAUGAUGGCGACCAUUCUUUGGUGGACUCAUCAGAAAACUACUUUGUAAGUGACAGUGUGACCAAGCAGGAGAUGGACUUGAUGCUGGGGCUGCUGCUGGGUUUCUGCAUCAGUUGGCUGCUGCUGUGGCUGGACGGAGUCCUACACUGUGCUGUCAGGGCCUGGAGGGCGAGCCGGUACUAUGAUACCCCGUCCUGGUCGUGGCUGCCCCAGUUCUGCAACCUGCGAGACCUCCGUCGCCGAGCCCAGCUCAGACAGCUGGAAGACUCCAGCGGCAACAUGGUCCACAUUAAGCAGAAGCUCUAUCACAACGGCCACCCUAGUCCUCGCCACCUCUGACUCUAAAAUGCAAAACAACAAAAACAAACAAACAAAAAACCCAAGACCCACUUCCCUCCUUUUCUUCUCCUCUCCAAAACCCCUCAUCCCCCUCCCAAACUGCCCCUUGGCCAACUGUUGCCUCAGAGACCCUGAAAAACUGCCCUCCCACCGUUCAUAACAUGGCCCCCUCAACCCCCCACGAGAGGACUUUCUUAUGACUAAACCUGGCCACUUUCAGCACUGAAAAAAAAUCCCAAAAUGGAGCAAGAUGACGAUUAUUUGUUGCCACUGAAAUCUUGUCCAUGUCUUAUGUCAUGUCCACCACUGUGGGAGGAGGAAGAGAAAAAAAAAACAUUUUUAAGGGUGUUUUUUUCUGUAUAGAGACAUUUUCUGUGUUCAUUGUUAAACUUGGCAUGCUCUCUUGGAACAGGGUAAGAUGUGGGCAGCGUAUGGAACGGGGUGGCAAGAUGGGUGUCGGGGUAUUUUUUUUUUCUGUAU